AUUUGUGCAGAAGAGCGCUGCACCUCUCGGCCCAACACCUCCUGCAGCACCUGACUCGGCUUCGAUUCUCUCUCGCAGUAAAACGCACAAAACUUCGAAAAUGGUUUCAGUGUUGCCAUGGCUUUUCAUUUUGGCGGUGGGCACAGCAGCGGUGCCGGCUGCCUGGCCUCCGUUCCACGUCGGCUCUUCGCGGCCCAACAACCUGCCACCACCGCUGCAUCACGUCAUGCCCCCGGCGCCGCCCCCAAUGCCCCCGCUGCUCGAUCCCAUCGACAAGUGUCUCUUCACCUGCGACCACUGCUACAAGCAUCCACAGGCUCUGAUCGCGUGCGCCAACGAGUGCAUCAUGCAAGGUGGAGAGACGCAGAUGAUGAGCAAGUUUUGGCUGCAGACGUGUCCACAAUUCUCGUUGCCCAUCUACUUUGACUACCAACCGGUGGAGAUGCGUUAAUUGAGACAGCGUGUUAGAACCGAUGGACUGUGGCACACUUUCGCACUGUCAAUAAACUAAAUUUUCCUCACCA